AUGGAAGUGGAAAGAUGUCCGUCAGAAGAACUUUUAAGCCAAAUGCGUAGCUUGGUGAAGCCAAUUCUAUUUUUUGCCCUAGCAGCUGUUGCGUUGUAUGUACCACUGGGAGACCCACAGGAAAGGUGUUGUUCGUCGGAAACUGCGAAACAGCGGAUCUCAAACACUUCCAUAUGUCAGCUAUACUUAGUAACAGUCAAAUUAUAUCAAAAGCUCAUGGAGUUUCUCGAAUUUGCAGUUACGAUGUUGAUAGACAUUCUUUACGAACUUAAAUUAAAGUUCUAUACUCUUCUCGGAAAACUGGACAGUAAAGACUUGUGUCGCUCCAUCUGUUGCUAUGAUAGUGUAGCAAAUGCGGAAGUGGCCAAAGAUGAUGUGGAUAAGAUAAUAGAAGAUGAGAUAACGCAGAAACUUGGCAAGGACCUGGUCCAGAGCAUUGAAAGAAAGUUCCAGGUGGAUUUAGAAAGAGCUGUGGAUAUGGUGUUAAUAAAGAUAAGACUUUUGCUGCAAAAUGGCACACAGCACAUACAGGAGAAGUUGCUUCAGCUGCAAAGCGUGAUGGAUAUGAUCAGAAGUCAUGGAGAUGAGGAGGUCGAAAAAUGCCUCGUUGAUAAACAAAACGAUACAUCCGCCUUAGCCGAGAAAGCCCUUCAUCAGAUGGUAAUUUGUGGCUAUGCCUUGAUCGGUCAGGAUCCUUCUAAAGCGGUCAGGACUGUUGCCAAUCUGAAGAGUAUGAUCAGAGAUGGAAUUAAGCCGAUAAAUGAACAAAAGAGUGAGAUUUACGAUUUGUUGAGAGCGUGUGGACACGAUCACGACUCUCUCAAGAAGGUCAUCAAAUGCGUCAUAUCCAAGUCACCCCUCAUGAAAUCAACCAUGAUGGAGAUAACCGGGAAACUUAUUGAUGGUGUAGUGGAUUUGACUAAACAAAUGGCGCAUGGCGCGAUGCACGAAGCCUGCCUCAUAGAAGUCAUAAAAUCUAUUGAAGAUGAAGCCUUAGAUGUGAUUGAAAGUGUUAAGAAGUGCGCCUUUAAAAAUAUAAGCUUUAUCGAAUUAGAUAAUUUUAUCGCACAAAAUAACGCCACGGUGUUGGACAUUGAAAAUAAAAAUAAAAGGGAAAAUGUUAGCGAAGUGGAAAGUCUAUUGAGGAAGGUGUUAGAGAAGGAUAACGCGAAUGAUAUGGACACACUCAAAGUCAAACUCAAAGAAAUGCACAAGGAUAUAGGCGGAAUCAAUAAUUUUAUAUUUGAUGAUAAUAAAAAGGAAUAA